AUGUUGUUACAGCACGGGACCCCGCUGACGAGCUUCAAGCGCCCUUCGUCUGCCGCGUCAGUGGUGGUCCGUGCGGUUGCCGAGCCGGCGGCGAAGCGCGCCAACGGCAACGGCAACGGUGCCAAGCGCGAGCAGCCGUUCAUCAACGUCAUCCCCAAGACUUCGUGGGAGAAGGGGAUCCCCCCGGUUAUGGGAGCGCACCUGAUGGCUAGCGGCGUCAUUGCUCCCAUCAGCACCAGCAAGGGCGCGGGCCUGGAUGUGGACGUGCACCAGUUUCAGUAUCCCGGAGAGGGCGAUGCGCAGGUCAUCAUUUACGCGACCCCCAAGAACGCCGCCAAGGGGCUGGCCAAGCUCGUGAGCGACGCCGCGGCCGCCGCCAUCAAGGCGAAGGGCUCGUUCACCCUGGUGCUGUCGGGCGGCAGCCUGCUCAACAUGCUGUCCGGCCUGGCGGAGGUCAAGGGCGUUGACUGGUCAAAGUGGUGGGUCUUCUUCGUGGACGAGCGCAACGUGGCGCACAGCAGCGCGGACAGCAACUACAAGGGCGCGCAGGAGGCGCUGCUGUCACGCGUGCCCAUCCCGGCGGCGCAGGUUGUGGCCAUUUCAGAGGGCCUCACAGUGGAGCAGGCGGCCAUCAAGUACGAGGGCCAGCUCCUGGGCCUGCCCGCCAGCGUGCUGCCUCGCGAUGCCGAGGGUCUGCCCGUGUUUGACCAGAUCCUCCUGGGCGUCGGCCCCGACGGCCACGUGGCCUCGCUCUUCCCCAACCGCCCCGAGGUCGCCGCCACCGGCCGCUGGGUGCUGCCCGUCUCGGCGUCCCCCAAGCCGCCGCCGGAGCGCAUCACGUACUCCCUGCCGGUCAUCAACGCCGCAAAGGACGUGUUGAUCGUCGCCGUGGGCGAGAGCAAGUCCGAGAUUGUGCAGCGCGUUCUUGAGGUGCAAGCCCUGCCCGGGGCGCUGCCCGCGCAGCUGGUGCGGCCAAAGGGCGGCCGCGCACGCUGGGUGCUUGAUGCGCUGGCCGCGCAGGAGCUCAACGUCGGCGAGUGGGAGGGCAGCAAGGCGGGCUCAGCAGCUGCACCCGCUGUGCCCGCCCUGGCGCCCGCCGCCGUGGCAAACGGCACAGUUGGGUGUAACGGGGACGAUAACUGGGUGCAGCUACACCAGGGCUUUGUCCUCAAGGAUCAAUAUGAGAUACAGGGCUGCCUGGGAGCUGGCGGCUUUGGUGCGGUGUACAAAGCUGUCGACCUGCUGCACCCCAUGCACCCAAAGGUGGUGCUGCUGCGGCCAUUAGAGCGCAGCUGUGUGGCCGUCAAGCUGGAGGUGACAUGCACACAGCACGACUCCCGCCUGCCGCCAACACAAGCCACUGCUGAGAACAUCAAGGCUGCACUGAGGGAUUCGCGCCUGCGCCGCGAGUACGACAUGUACCUGCGCCUGGGCGCGGUCGCACCGCCCGGCGCCGACACUGCGGCGCGCCGCUGCGGCCUGCCGCUCGUCCACGCCUGCGGUCACCUGGUGGUGGUGGGCCCCCCACCCGCCCCUCCCCGCGGCGCCCGUCCUGCCGCCCCGCACGACCAGCACGCGUCGGGCCCGCAGCCGCCGGGUGCGGCGGCGUCGCACCACUGCACUUGGAUGGCGAUGGAGCUGCUGGGCCGCGACCUGUGGUCGGCGCGCGAGACAGGGCGCGCUUUCGUUGAGGCGGACUCGGGCGCCGGCGAGGGCGCGGCGCAGCUGGUGGCUGUCGGCAGGGGCGCUCUCAGGGCCCUGCAGUACCUGCACUCCAAGGGAGUCCUGCAUUUGGACAUCAAGGCAGAAAACUUGAUUCUCCCCCACCGUGCCCUUGCCGCCCCCGCACGCGCGUCCGCCGCCGCGGCGUUUGCGCCCGCGCCCCCCAGGCACCCAGUCGUCGCCAGGCGCCCCGCCGCCGCCCGCAAGGCCCCAGUCCCGCCAGCAGCUGCCGCGGCGCCCGCCGCAGGCGUGAGGGGCGCGCUGCAGCUGCUGCCGUCGGCGGUGAUCGCAGCGUUUGGCGGCGGCGGCGCAUGCGGCGGCGGGGGCGGGGGCGCGGCCGGCAAGGAGAACGCGCGCCCCGGCGACGCGGCGGCCGUCACAGUGCGCGCAGCACCAGUGCAUGCGCACGCGCCAGCCAAGCCGGCGGGGAUGGCGGCCGCGCAGGGCGUCGUCCCUCCGCCCGUGUUAGUAAUCGAUUUGGGGCUGGCGGCCGUGAUGAAGGACGGCACAGCAAAGCCCAGGGUCUUCUACGGGACGAAGGACUACAGCUCGGCCAACGCGCUGCGCCAGGGCCGGCUGUCUGCGGUGGACGACCUCCACUCGCUCGGCUCGACGCUGCUGGAACUGCAAAUUGGACAGCUGCCCUGGGUCUGCGACAACGGCCCAGGCGCCGACGGCGACGGCGGCGAGCAGCAAAAGGGUGAAGCCGGCGGGAGCGGCGAGUUUGGGACGCGGCGGCUGGCGCAGGCGGCGGCCGAGCAGGAGCUGGCCAGGGACCUGGCGAUCCGAAGGGCCUGCCUGCCGCCCUGGGCGCUAGCAUGGCAUCUGUACCUGUCCAGCCUGCGGCCGGGCGACAGGAUCAGCUACAGCUUUCUCGGAUUCAUCAUUGACACGGCGCUCGUGGCGCCUCUGCUGCGUCCACCUGUGCAGCAGCAGCGGCAGCAGCAGCAACAGCAGCAACAGCAGCAACAGCAGCAACAGCAGCAGGCGCAAGCUGCGGCAGGCCUCAAGCGGCGCCAGCCGCAUGCAGAGGCGGGCGCGCCGUUCAGCCCUGAGGGCGGGGGGCCUGGCGCCAAGCGGGCGCGCGGCGGCGGGCCUGCAGGGGUGGCGCAGGGUGCGAAGCACCUAAUCGGCGCGCAAGAAUUGGCAGCUGGGAUGGCAGAGGAGUGA